CGCCCGCUGAUUGGACGGAGACCUUUCCUUCGGGAGGGAAAAGCAACCAAGUUGCUACUUUUAUUUUGCCGCCUGGCGCUGUAACAAAUACGGCGGGAAUUGGUCCAAUGGUCAGCUUGGAGCAUCUGGACAAUGAGAAGAGGAUUUGAUGUGUUGUGAGAACAAACGGAUAGAAGAUGAUCACAAUUGCUGUUGAGCAUGAAAGUCCUACACAUCUUGAUGUGUACAAAAGAUUUUCAAAGAUGGCAGGAGAUGCAGUGGAUCUCACUAAAUUUAACAUCGAUGCUCCGCGAUGGGAUCAGAGCACUUUCAUGGGUCGGUUAAAGCACUUUUUCAACAUCACAGACCCACGCACAGUGGUAUUGUCCAAUGCAAGCCUCGAUAAAGCAAAGGACCUGGUUGACAGGUGCAGAGCUGGCACUCUACCUCCAGGAACGACCAGGGAACAGUUGCUGUACGCAAAGAAACUCUACGACUCUGCGUUCCACCCGGACAGUGGAGAAAGGAUGAACUUAAUUGGGCGGAUGUCAUUUCAGGUCCCUGGUGGUAUGGCAAUCACUGGCUUCAUGCUACAGUUUUACAGAACAGUUCCAGCUGUGGUAUUUUGGCAGUGGGUGAAUCAGUCGUUCAAUGCCUUGGUCAACUACACCAAUAGGAACGCUGCAUCACCAAUAAGUGCAACACAAAUAGGAGUCGCGUACUUGACUGCAACUAGCACUGCACUAGCAACUGCGGUCGGAUUGAACCUCUAUACAAAGAAAGCUCCGCCUUUAUUGGCCCGCUGGGUCCCUUUCGUUGCCGUUGCAGCUGCUAACUGUGUAAACAUUCCAAUGAUGAGACAACAGGAAAUUAUAAGUGGAAUCGCCGUGACAGACGAAAAUGAAAAUAAGCUGGGAGAAUCCAGGAUUGCAGCUGUAAAGGGCAUCACGCAAGUGGUGAUCUCUAGAGUUACCAUGGCCGCUCCAGGAAUGAUUAUUCUCCCCAUCUUAAUGGAAAAGCUGGAGAAGUAUCCUUUUAUGCAAAGAAUUAAGUUCCUUCAUGCCCCACUGCAAGUGAUGUUGGUUGGAUGCUUCCUGAUCUUUAUGGUGCCUGCUGCCUGUUCACUUUUCCCUCAGAGGUGUUGUAUGGCAACUUCUAAAUUGGAACCAGAGCUGAGGGAUUCAAUAACCACCAAGUACGGAGACAAAGUGAAGUACGUCUACUUCAACAAGGGGCUGUAGGUUUUUUAGCAGCUGAUGCCCUAGGAAGAGCUGAGGACUCCUUUAAAUUUAUAACUUAAUCAAUGAUACCGAAAACAAUUAGAAAACAACCAUGUGCAGUAUGCUGUAAAAAGCUCCUACUACCAACCUCUCCAUGGGUAUCCCAUCACAGUGAAGCGUUGUGUUUGGGUCUUUCACUCUAAUGUGUUUAGCAUCUGUUAUUGUUUUUUAAUUUUAUAACUUGGCAGGGGAAAAAAAAAUUCACAUGCACAAGAAAGAUGAGGAACUUCAGACUGAAUUGAAGCAGGGCAUGGCAUGGAUACACACAAAUAUAUAUACACAGUUCUUGGAAAUGAAGAUACGUUAAGUAUGCCUACUGGCAUUUUCCCAAAUGAAAGUGGAAAGAAGAGAGGACAGUAAAUUUUUUUUAGACACUGAAGGGAGAUGAAGAACGGGUGGGCUGGGUACAGUUAUCCAGAUCCCAUUAGAUCAAAGAAGAGUUUUCUUUUGUUAAUUUUAUGUGCAUGAAGGUGGAACUUGUGAUGAACGGGAAGACUUUUUCACACAGUGUCAGCGUCAAGCAUCCCCACCUUAGGUGACACCCAGUCAGGAAAGAGCAUCUAACUUUGUACAUUUACUGAGCCUGUGAGAUAUUUGACUCGCAUUUCCUGUACUGCCAAAAGGUGCCAAAUUAGUAUUAAAAGCAGAAAAUGCUGCAAACUUGCAACAUAUCAUGAAACUGUGAGAAAUGAUACGGAGUUACGCUAUCAUCAGAACUGGAAGAAAUUAGAGAUUUAACAAGCUGAAAGAAAUCUCCAGAAAUUCUGUUUGAGUCAAAGUUAAGACUUGAAUUUAUACAUAAUUCUUUUUCAGAGGUCCUAAGCUGCUUUUCUCUUGUGUGGCGCCUCAGACAUAUAGUGAUGGGAGUGGGAUUGCUGAGGCCAAUUCCUGUCUGAAAGCAGUUGCGGGGAUGUACAGGAGCCCUCUCCCUUCUUUCCCCAUCCCUUUCUGUUCCGUUGCCUUCUAUUGAAAACCACGUCCCGUUAAUUACCUUGUGGCACCUGACAUUGCCUACCCGCCAACCUUCUCUGGUGCCUUUCCACAUUCACCCAGGCUACUGCCAGUGCCUCCAUUUGGUUCCACAUGUGCCUCCUUGACUACAGCCAAAGUAUUUCCAUUCCUUACACUGCUGCCUCCAAAGUCUCCCAAGUGUACACUUUUGACCCACUAUUUUUUAAUCAACAUCUUGCACCAGCAUGUUGGUUUUCUUUUCCCACUCCUCCCUCCAGGUGCUCUCAGCUGCCUGGGCUCCAAGUUCUAGAUGACUGCACUCUUCCAACAUGAUCUCCGUUCAACCAUCUAAUAUAUCCGGAGAAACAAAGGACCAAAGAUGCUGGAAUCGAAAUGAAAAACGCGACGAUGCUGGAGGAACUCAGCAGGCCAGGCAGCAUCUGUGGAGAAAAGCAGAAGGGUCCUGACCUGAAUGCUGCCUGGCCUGCUGAGUUCCUCCAGCAUCAUCGUGUUUUUUCAUCUAAUAUUUCCACCUUGAUUCACUACCAUGAAAAGCUUUGCAGCACUUUUCCACAAUAAGGUACCUUGUGAAGACAUAAAAACCUGCAGAAUGUGGAAAUCUGAAAUAAAAAUACAAAAUACUGGAAACACUAAAGAGGCCAGGCAGCAUCUGUGAAAAGAGAAACAAUUACCAUCUCCAGUGUAGGACCCUUCAACAGAACUGCAUCAGCAUCUUCCAAGACUUUUGCUCAGCAUUUCGUAAGUUUCUUAUAUAGGGUCCUGGGCCAGAAACAUUAACUGUUUCUACAGAUGCUACCUGACCUGCUGGGUGUUUCCGGCAUUUUCUGUUUUUGCUAUCCCUGUAGGUAAAUGUUUCUUGUGAUUGUAAAACUGUCACUUACGUCUCCAUUUUCCUCCCUUUUUGGUGUAACUUUUCUCCAUUAAUACUUCAAAUUUUAAUUUAGUUCUAAAUUAAUUUUCAUUUCUGCACCAUUUUUUUUUUCCUUUUAUACUGCCUAAUUUAGUUGCUGGACAGGGCAACCCAGCAGUCACAGUGAGUACAGACACCCGUCCUGUGCGUUCAGCACAUUGCCGUACACUGGACAAUAGUUACGUCAUCUGCCUGCAGACAAGCGUUCAGUCCUAAACACCCUUGAACGCAAGCCAGAUAGAAGCAAGAUGAUGGGCAUGACUCACUGAGAGCAGCAAAUCCAUGCUGUAUGGUGACACUAGAGACUGCAGAUGCUGUCAUCUGGUGCAAAAAAGAAACUGCUGGUGGAACUCAGUGGGUCAAGCAGCAUCUGUGGAGGCAGAGGGAUGGUCAGGCUGAAAUAUCAACCAUCUCUCUGUCUCCACAGAUAAUACUCGACCCGCUGAGUUCCUCCAGCAGUUUCUUUGCUCUGUACUAUAUGCUAUUUGUUUUCUCCACAAACUACUGCAUUGCAUUUACAAUAUUGCUUCAUGAAAUAAAAAACUGCUCUAAUUCAUGCAAACAUGUGUGUGUAUGUUCUAAUUUGGAGCAGGAGUAGGCAACUUGGCCCCUCUAGCCUGCUCCACCAUUCAGUAAGAUCAUAACCUAUUCUGACUGUUGUCUCAACACCACAUGCCCACCUACUCCCGUAACAUUUCCAAUCACUUAUCCACCUCUGCCUCAAAAAUAUUAAAAGACUCUGCUUCCACUACUCUUUGUCUUGAGGAAGAGAGUUCCAGAGACUUUGCACCUUCCAGAAGAAAAAAAAUACACCUCAUCUGUCUUAAGUGGGCAAACUCUUAUAUUUAAACGUUGACCCCCUUAAGUCUAGAUUCAUCCACAAGAGGAAACAAUCUCUCUACCUCCACCUUGUCGAGACCUCUCAGGAUCAAUUGGUCACGAGAUGGCCAGAUGAAUGAGGAGGAAGCAGUGAGUGAAUGGGCGGUGCUGGUAUCAGGAGACGGAGAAGAUCUUCUUAAGCAAUUGCUUUAUUGCUCUUAGUUUCAUUCUUUGAGCCUGCAGUCAUAAAGCACAGACAACAACCACUUUGAAAGGCCAAAUUUCCAAUGGUGCUAACAUCGCAGGGACCAGUUAGUGAGAACUACCCCUGCAGGGCUAUGCUAGUGACUGUUUAAGAAUAGAGUGUUGUAUUAAGAGUUAUGUAGGAGCUAUUGCAAAAAAAAAAUAAGCUGGAAAAUUGCA